GAAGACGUGCUAGAUGGAUCAUGGAACUGCAACAACAUCAUUUUACCAUUGAACAUAGAGCAGAAAAACAUAAUGCAAAUGCCGAUGUAUUGUCUCGCAUGUAUGAUGAAGAAACUGCUGAAUGUUUUAUUAUUGACCUUAUCGAAACAGAUAUAGCUGACAAUGAAUAUGAAAACAAUAGUAUAAAGGAAGAUAUAGAAUGGCAUAUUACUUCUCCCGAAUCUGGAGAAAAUGAUGAAUGGUUCAAAGAGGAAUU